UUGCCCCAGCAUCCGGAAGCCCGGCAGCUCCCUGGCUCGAUCCAAGGCCAUGUCCUCCAAAUCGAUGACGAAGUCUGUGCUGGUCACAGGUGCUGUGACGCUGGCAGCAACAAGGACGGCGUUCAUCACCGGAGCCCCGCGGCCGCGUGUUUCGAGUCAGUCAGGCGGCGUGUCUCCAAGUGCUGCGGCUCGAGGCAACGAAGCGACAAAGACGAUUGGGCUGACAUCUGCCAUGCUGGCAACCAGUACAGCCCUGGCCAUGACAAGGUUUGUGAAGAGACGCUCCCAAAUUCCGCGCAAAGCGGUUGAGAGCAAGAAGACCCAAUGCGUGCACCCUGACAAGCCCAUGAUGUUUGCUUGCGCUGACUGCCCUCGACGUGGCAAGAGCGCCGGGCUUGAUGAUGAGCCGGUGGCGCUUGCAGCUUUUGUUGGUGAGGCUGUGUGCUCCAAUGUUUCCUCCAAGAAAACCCAAUGCGUGCACCCUGACAAGCCCAUGAUGUUUGCCUGUGCCGACUGCCCUCGACGUGGCAAGAGUGCUGGGCUUGAUGAUGAGCCCCUUGCGGCGGCUGCCUUUGUUGGUGAGUGCGCAUGCUCCAACGUGUCCUCCAAGAAAACCCAGUGCGUGCACCCUGACAAGCCCAUGAUGUUUGCUUGUGCUGACUGCCCUCGACGUGGCAAGAGCGCCGGGCUUGAUGAUGAGCCGGUGGCACUUGCAGCUUUUGUUGGUGAGGCUGUGUGCUCCAACGUGUCCUCCAAGAAAACCCAGUGCGUGCACCCUGACAAGCCCAUGAUGUUUGCCUGCGCUGACUGCCCUCGACGUGGCAAGAGCGCCGGGCUUGAUGAUGAGCCGGUGGCGCUUGCAGCUUUUGUUGGUGAGGCUGUGUGCUCCAACGUGUCCUCCAAGAAAACCCAGUGUGUGCACCCUGACAAGCCCAUGAUGUUUGCCUGUGCCGACUGCCCUCGACGUGGCAAGAGUGCUGGGGUUGAUGAUGAGCCCCUUGCGGCGGCUGCCUUUGUUGGUGAGUGCGCAUGCUCCAACGUGUCCUCCAAGAAAACCCAGUGCGUGCACCCUGACAAGCCCAUGAUGUUUGCCUGCGCUGACUGCCCUCGACGUGGGUAGAGGAAGCGGCAGUAGACUCGUGGGGGAGAAGAAGGAUGAAGUGAUUUGGGAAACUCGGGUGGGUUUUCGAUUGGGAAUGCGAUUGGGGAUGUGAAUGGCUUGAUUGAAAAAAUGACCUUGGUCAUCCUUGGCCUGAUUUUCUGAGACGCUAGAAUGGGAGCAGAAGACUUGCGCAGACCGCGAGCUGCUCAAAGUGGUUGCGUUUGCCACGUGGGUGACAGGACGGCAGCCAAUUGCUGGGGUUGUUUGGAUUAUUGACGUGGAUUAUUG